AUGGCGAUGGCUGGACGUGAUGGGGCUAGGAAGACGGCAAAGUUGGAAAGCUUCUGGUGGCGGGCUGAGCCAGACCCGGCAGCCCCGUCAUCAGCAGUUGCGAUUGCGAGGCAUCGUGAACUGCAGGAGCAGCUACUGCGUUUUGACCAGAACGCGUGGCUGACCAAACAUGCCAAGCAGCCGCGCUUCCAGUUCUCCGGCGAACAGAAGCGCAUGCUUCGGCAGUGGUUUGAUGCACUGGACACGGAUAAGUCGGGAAAGAUUUCGGUCGAAGAGCUGGAAGACCCGAUGCUGUCCAUUGGCAUUGUGAAUGACACACGCGAGAUCGAGCAGAUUGUGAACAAGUUGGACAAAGACUCCAAUGGACAGAUCGAUUUCCAGGAGUUUGUAGAUUUUCUCACGCCGCAUACCGGUACCAGGCACAACAAGGGCUCGAACCCACAGAAGCACGAGGUUAUGUUUCACCAGCUCACCAAGAAAAUGGAGCACCAGAGCUCCGGAUUCUUGGAGAUUAAUACGCAGCUAUCGAUGGAGAGACGACGGUUUAUUCUCGAUUCGAUCACCAGCUUCACGUCGCAAUCAAUUCAGGAAGAUCUCGAGGAGCUGAAACACUUUAAGGAGAAAGCUGGCGCAGGUAGUGGCAAUUCCACAUCACCUGGACGAUCGCGACACCGACAAGCAAUAUCGAAAAAGGCUAAACUUGCUGCGCUAGCUACGCGACAUCAGGAAGAGAUGCGUUUUCAAGCGCUAGAACAGGUCUUUCUUCGGAACAGUGCUCUCAAGCGCCUCCAAGCAAUGCCUCCAUCAUUACUUGGAACUCCCGUGGCUGCCAGGAGGGCACAGCAGCGGAGAUUAGCACCACUGCAAGCAGUCGAGAGACCUCUCGCGACACCCAAACGCUCCGUUAUUGCGAGUCCGAGCUUGGAGGAUUUCGACGCUCAACGUGUGAGCGCGCAGCUGCUUGAACAGUCGGGUAUAGGCAGCUAUAUGCGAUUAGAGUCUUCGGGAGGACACUGCAGAAGCAUGCCGAGCCUCCCCACAACUACUGGCACCAAGGGGUGAUACAAUAAGCGCUGCGGGACGAUGCUGACCUAUCGAUUAUGAUCUCCCAUGUUUAUGAGCAAGCAAAAGUGGAGCUUUUAACUUUUCGGAGCCACCAUACAUAUACCGGUAUCACAAUUUAA